AUGGCAAAGUCGUCCAAGUCCAGCUCCGAGGGCAGCAGCACGGCUCGCCCGUCCUCGGACAGCGAUGAAAAGUUUGGCCUCCUCAACGACGAGCCGGUCCAGCAGGCGUCUCGCCCGUCGAGGCUGCGCUGGGCCGUGGCGCUGCUCGCCGCGUCCAACCUCGUGUGCUUUGGCGGGCUCGUGUAUGCCCUGAGGCCCGCGCCGCCGCCGACCAUGGUGGUGUAUCCGCCGCAGCCGGACUGGUUUCCUCCUCAGAUCCCUGUGAAAAAGGUCAUGCACAGCGAGCCGCUGUUUGGGCAGGAGCCAAAUGAAGAAAGUAUCGCUGCGUGGAACUCGCUUCUGCCUAAGGGACGCGGCUGGGUGCACAUGCGCAACAAAACCGCCCUCCCCGACAUGCCGGGACUGAACCAGUCGCUGCCCGAGCACAUUGCGCUGCCGUCUGUGUAUCACCAGCUGCACUGCCUAUACAGCACGAUGCGAAGCUACUACGACCUCCUCGACAUAAUCAACAAAAACCACACAAAGCGGGAGCUGCCCAAGGACCCGGCAUGGAACAAGGAGCACCUCAACCACUGCUGGGACUACCUGCGGCAAAACAUCAUGUGCACGGCCGACGUGACGCUCGAGUGGCACCGCUGGAACGAAAAGGUCGAGGACGGCUGGGGCUACGAGCAUCAGUGCAAGGACUGGGAUGCGCUGACCAGGUGGGUGCUGGAGAGGCGGACGUCGAACAAUUGGGGACUUUUGAGGGGUGAGGGUGAGAGGAUUCCCUUGAAGGAUGGCGAGCAGUAG